AUGGACCCCCGCCGCCCACUCACCUGGGCACUGGUGCUGCUGGGCACCGGUCUGGCGCUCGCGCUGGGCCCCGCGCCUGCUCCGGAAGCCCCAGAGAAGCUGUGCGGCCACCACUUGGUGCGCGCGCUGGUGCGGGUGUGUGGCGGCCCGCGCUGGUCCUCCGAAGACGGGCGGCGAGUGGCUGGCGGGGACCGUGAGCUGCUGCAGUGGCUGGAAGGACGACAUCUCCACGGGCUGGCGGCCGAUGGGGACCCCACGCUGGUUGUCGUGCCACAGCCCCUGCCCCAGGCCUCUCGCCGUCACCGCCCCCGCCGGGCAGCCGCCGCCAACCCUGCACAUUUCUGCUGCCUCAGUGGCUGCACCCGGCAGCACCUGUUGACCCUGUGUCCUCACUGA